AUCCGAUCACAUCACGCGCUCCCUUCCACGGCGGUAUCGAGAGCGGAACAAGAACAACUGCUCCGUUCCCCCACGGCCCCACGUCCCCACCCACCUUGACUCGCCGCCCCCGUCGCAACUCGCAAACCCCCCACCGGCGCAUCCGAUCCCCAAAUCCCCGGCGGCGACGAUGGCGGCCAGCCUGUGGCGGGCCGUGAUGGACAGCGUCAGCGGAUCCUCCUCCUCCUCCUCCCCCACGGCGCCCGACGCGGCGUCCGGCGGCGUCGAGUUCUGGCACGGGGCCGAGCGCGUGGGGUGGCUGAACAAGCAGGGGGAGUACAUCAAGACGUGGCGGCGGCGGUGGUUCGUGCUCAAGCAGGGGCGGCUCUUCUGGUUCAAGGACCCCGCCGUGACGCGGGCCUCCGUGCCCCGCGGCGUCAUCCCCGUCGCCUCCUGCCUCACAGUCAAGGGCGCCGAGGACGUGCUCAACCGCCAGUUCGCCUUCGAGCUCUCCACCCCCGCCGAAACCAUGUACUUCAUCGCCGACUCGGAGAAGGAGAAGGAGGAGUGGAUCAACUCCAUCGGCCGCUCCAUCGUCCAGCACUCCAGCUCCAUCGCCGACGCCGAGGUCGUCGACUACGACAGCCGCCCCAAGGCCACGACGCAGCCCAAGGACAGCGAAGAGAGCGAGCCGGCAGCGUAACAUCCACGGUGACCCCUGUGACUCUCUCUCCAUAUGGCUCUUAAUUGUAAUAUAUGUACUUCCAGGUGAUUGGGAGCUUGUGGCGACGUUCCUUUGUUUCCUCACUCUUGAUUAUAUGUAAAUUAACUAUCAAUGACUCGUGUCUGGUAAUAAUUGGUAUUUUCGUGUAUAGCUUGUUCUUUCAAUACCUUACUACGAAUUGAUCUUGAUACAACGUAAUUUACCAAGCA